GACGGGGUUUCUCUGUUAGAACAGACGUCCCACUUCUGUUCGGUGGGAACUUCUUCCGGUUUAGUCGUACUUUCGGGUUUCGACGACGCGAUACUUUCCAAUUUGCCAUCUUUCCCAUCUUUCGAUUCGUUAAACCCGUCCACCGAUAAAUAUAUGGACGACCUGGGUUGGCCGAUAGACAAUUUUGUGUCACGCUUCCUAAAAAGUAACGAAAUAUUAAAAUGAAUUGGAUUGAAGUUGAGAAAAGCAGUUUACAUUGGAAUCUCUUUUGAAGUUGCAUUUUUAAUUGGAUGCGAUUUGACAUCGUCUUCGGCUUGGAAGCUCCAGAUCGAACCUUCGGAGUCCUCAAAAUGACGGACGGACGGCCACAGACCGGUCUUCAAGGGCUGUCUUUUGAACUUCUUAGACGGCUUAAUCCCUCUCACAUGCUUGUAUAUGUCCCUGUUGUAAUGGAUCAGUUAAGUGAGAAAAGUAUAAAACCGUGAUAAAAGACUUACGGAAGACUUUGAAGAUGGAGUUGCCUCUCGGGACCUUCAUAUCUGUCUGCCUCACUGAAAACAAAAUUGUUGCAAAUUGAAAGCAGUCACGAAUUAACAAAUAUGAAGAAAAGUAAACAUACGUGUAGAGCGGAGACAGAUAGACCGGAGUUAUGCAGAGGAGAAAGUUCUUCGAGUGGGGUGUUGCAUGCCCAGCUGAAGAAACAGUGAGCCAUUCAGUCGCAGAACCCCAGACGAGAUGUGGUCUCAAAAAGUCGCACUUGUCCUCCUCCUCGGAGCCUUUUCCUACGCAACUAUCGUGAAAAGAAGUCCGGUUAAGUCAAAGGAUGAACAGGAUUUGAGCAAAGUGCCUGGAGUUCCUGGACAUGACUACCCUAUAUUCAAGAGCGUCCCUCCAACUAAUUUCCACUGCGGCCAUGUACCGUAUGUCCCUGGAAUGUACGCCAACGUCGAAACAGGCUGCCAGGCUUAUCACGUCUGCCACGAUGGGAGGGAAGGUGAACAAGGUGCAACUUUCCUCUGCUCCAAUGGAACUUUGUUCAACCAAGCCGAAUUUGCUUGCGAUUGGUGGUACAACGUCAACUGUGCCGAUGCUACUCGCCUUUACGAGUUGAACUUGGAUCCCAGCAAGAACCCUUUCUUCCCGAAGAAGAAACCUGAGGAGGAGCAUUUGCCAGUCUACGAACAAUACUGAGCAAAUCAACAAGACUGUUAGCCCAAUUUUCAUCAAUGCCAUAAAAUAAAUAAACUUCCUAUAACAUGAUUACCAUAUUUUAUAAAGUCCAAAAUACAACAAAAUACACAACAAACCGUAUUUGA